AGUAUAGAGAGAGUCGUCGCCCGGCGAGCCGCCCGGCAUCAGUAUUACACAGUCCUCCUCGACUUCAGUCACGCUCGACACGCCGCCGUGGGAGGAUCGCGCGCGCGCGUUUGCAACACACAUUCAUAUACACGUAGCCAUACACUCACGUUAUAACAUUUUUCACACUCGCUUCUCUCUCUUCAUCCCUCCGUCGAGGCUCUUAUAUUCAGUAAUCACAAAAUAGACGAGUCUUCGCGAGGAGUCGUCUCAGCAGCGGCAGCAGAAGAAGAAGAAGAAGAAGCAGCAGAGAGAAGAGAACGAGAGGCGGAGGCUCGCAGCAUCCGAGGCUCUUCGUACCUUUUUAUACACAGUAUCGCGAGAGAGGGAGAGGGAGAAGGCGCAGCGCAGACUACGUCCCUGUAGGCUCAGUCUUGGCAGAGCAAAAUGGCGGACGUGGCGACGAAGAACAAGUCCAUGAGCGUCGUAAGUAAUAACACUGUGAACAGCCUUGGCAAGACUAAACUGAGCGAUGUGUGCGGUGUGCAAUCUAACAACGGCUUGAUUGACCUGGACCAUAACGGCCUGUCCAACGCGAGUAACAACAAGCUCAUAACCCUCUGCUCAUCCUCGUCGCCGACCGACGAGGACGAGGACGAGGACGACCUCAUCCUCGCGAACAACACGCGCAACGAGCUCGACUCCCAGGACGACAAGAGCCUGCAGGAGCUCAUCGAGAGCGAGCUCGCGCUCAGAAUAUGCGCCAGCUCGCAGCCCGACCCGGACGACACCGAGGAGGACGAGCCCAGCGAGAUCUUCAACGCCAACCAGCCGGAGAUCGUCAAGAAGAUCAUCCUCGAGCCCAGGCAGCUCGUCGACCCGCUCGACGUCAACCACGAGUUCAUCGUCAACGAGAUCGACCACUACACCCUCAUCGGCGAGCCCUACGAGUACUCCAACGGCCACGUCAGUCCCGAGCCCAAGGACGACGACGCCGGUAGUCCCAGUCCACCCGAGAUCGUCGAGGAGCUCGUCAGCCCGGUCGACGAGGAGGAGGUCUUCGACGGCCAGACCGAGACCACCGAGACCGAAGUCACAACGACCACCACCUCCGGACCCUCCCUGCCCUCGGCGUUCGAGGCCAGCGCCGAACCGGGUCCCCUCGACAACGAGGAUCAGAGUCAACCCCAAGAGGACGAUCAACCGGCGUCCGUCAACACACUCAGCGACUCCUGCUGCGUCGUCGAGGAGGCGACGGACGAGGACUCGUCCAAGGACACCGCCAGUCGCAAGUCCGUCAUAUCGGCUGACAAGUACCUCCAGGAAGAGGAACUUGCUCAACCGCAACAGGACGUCAGUGAGAGUCAGGUGUCGGUUGACGAGCAGCUGCUCAAGAGCGAGGACGACACUCACGCCGACAUCCAGGACGACGUCGAGGACGAGGACUCCACGAGGAUUAACGACAUCGUCGAGGAUGAGGUUAAGGAAAACGGCCUCCUGUCCGACUGCUCCUCCGUCGAGCAGGAGGUCCAGGAGCCGGAGGACGACAGUCAACGAGAAGUCAUCGUCGAGAAGAUCGAGGAGAUCGUCGACCAGGAUGAGCCGAUCACGCUGAAAGAAGCUUCGGGUGUCGACGAGAAGGCCUGCUCCUUCUACUCAACUGAGUCCGAGAGCCCGGCCAGAGUCGUGGACAACGACGAGUCGGUGGGCAGUCAACCGACGGUCGACGUCACGGACUACAAGCUCAAAUCCGAGGUCCAGGAUAACAGCUGGAUGACGGUCGAGGAGGCGGUUAAGGAAUCGGGGAUCGACAUCGUGGUGACACAGGGCGACGAGAGCCUGCAGGAGAGAACGAACGAGUGCAGCGACAACUUUUACAGCCAGGAAGGCCACUUCGAGAACUACCUGGAGAAGAGCAAGCUGGAGGACGAGAGCAAGGAGGAAGUAGCGCCUCUCGCUACGCCAGACGAGAUCAGCGACAUUUCUAACGCUUGCGAUGACAGCGAGAGCCGCGAGGAGGUGAUAACGACAUCGUCGGUCGUCAGCACAACGACGAAGAAGAAGAAGAAGAUCGAGGGUGGCGCGGGCAGCGAUGCCUCGCCGAAUCACACGAAAACCAAGAAGACUAAGAAAAGCAAGAAGAGCGAGCUCGAAAAAGAGAACAUUUCCGUGAAGAAGAAAAUAAAGUCGAAAGAGUCGACGAAGGAGAGCAUGCACACGGGCUCGCGGAGGCCGUCCGCGGAGAUGAUCGAAAUCUCCGGCGAGGACGAUCUGUCGAACGUCAACGUCAAGUCACUGACGCAAACUUACGUCUCGGAGACGAGUCGCGUAGAGCCGGAGAAGCCGAACAAGGAGGUCAUCGCCACCGGCGUCUCCAUCAAACAGCUGUGUCGUAGCUUCGGGGACGUCUCGAACAUGAACGAAGGCGAGCGAACGACGCUCGGAGCCGCGGACACCAACAGGUUCCAGGAGAGAGCAAAGUCGACGGGCGACUUGAGGCUCUUCGAGCAGGAACGUAGUGGCAAGUACUUCAACGGUCGCGACAUCGUUUUCGCCACCGUUAACGUCAAAGCUCUACGAGCCUCGUACUGUAACCUGGCGAAUUUACGGCGCGCCGAUAACGGCGAGGCGGCGGCGGACAGGCCGCCGCGGCGACAUUCGCGCGGCAGCAUCGGAGUCGGCCUCAGGCCACGAGGCUCCAUCUUCGAGAAAUCGAGCUUCAACAAAUUCGACGCCCUCAGCAAGAAGUCGGCCACGGUCCUCCACGUGCGCUCGGUCGACGCCGGCAAAGUGCAGCAGCAGCUCAACUCCGUCGCCCAGAAUGGCGACGCGAAUCCAAACUGCCGCAGCUGCGGCAAGGUCGUCUUCCAAAUGGAGCAGACGAAGGCCGAGAGCCUGGUCUGGCACAAGAACUGCUUCCGCUGCGUGCAGUGCGGCAAGCAGCUCAACGUCGACAAUUACGAGAGCCACGAGGCCACCCUCUACUGCAAGCCCCACUUCAAGGAGCUCUUCCUGCCCAAACCCGUCGAGGAGACCGAUCAGCCCAUGCGACCCCGAAAGCCAGAAAUGAUCAUACGCGAGAACCAGCCAAAAGAGUUGCCACCCGACGUGGUCAGAGCGUCGGACAAGCCGGACCUUGGACUGGAGGAACUGUCCUCGCUGAACGUCAAGUCGCGCUUCCAGGUCUUCGAAAAGGCCAACGAGACGACGAACGACAUCGAGAGAUCGCCGUCCCAGGUCGCGGUCAAAAGGUCGCCCAGUAUACUCAGCAAAUUAGCCAAAUUCCAAGCGAAAGGAAUGGACAUUGGCGUAGCUGACGAGUCACUCAACGGAAUCCCCUACGAAGAGUCUAGCGAGAGUGAGGAGGAAAUCGACGAGGAGGAAACGGAAGAACUAGAAACGGAGACAACAAUCGUUAAGGCAAAGCGCGGAGGCCGUGAGCGUCCGAUAAGCUUCACGAAGAUGGACGACAUCAAGAACCGCUGGGAGACGACGUCCCAGCAGGGUAGGCGCGAAUCACAGCGCGAAGCGCGCAAAGAGGAGAUCGCCGGCAUUCGCUCGCGACUCUUCAUGCAGGGCAAACAGGGCAAGAUGAAGGAGAUGUACCAGCAGGCGGUGGCGGACAGCGAGCGGAUAACGAAAAUAAACGCAGCCGAGGAGAUCCAGCACGCGACGAACGCGCGUUCGAUCAAGGAACGCUUCGAGCGCGGAGAACCGAUCGCCGCGAUGAGCGACGACGAGCAGGAUGCCGCCGGCAAGACCAAGGCCGAGAAGCCCGACGAGGAGAUUCUCGCUGCUGGAAUCAGUCGAAAAUCACGCUCGCUAUUUUUGGAGAUGGACGCGACGGCCGCGAAGACGGGCAGGCCUGUGACGCCCAACAGCCAAACCAAACCCCCAGUGGAGGCACCCAGGCGAGCACGUGACGCGUUCAUGAGCCGGCAAGUGUCGGACGACGUGGUGCGCAGCACCGACACUACCGAGGACGUGCAGGUCGACAACUUCGAGAUCUCCAGCAAAUUCAAGUUCUUCGAGCGCUACAGGGAGCCCGAGAAGACGCGCAAGCAGUUCCGGAUCACGCCGCCACGAGACGGACAAGUCAAGAUGGAUUCGCCGGACCGCGAGAUCUACCGGGAUCCGGACGUAGUUCGCGCCGAGGACAGGGCCGAGGAGGUGGUGCGCACCGACACCGCUCGCAAGAUGCUCUCGAUUUUCCGACAGAUGGAGGAAAACGCGACAAAGGAGGAUCUUCCCGAUGGACCCAAGCCGCUCAAGCGAUUCACCCCACCGCCGGAGGACAAGUUUGCCAAGGCCACCGCGUCCGAGUCCGACGAGGAGGAGGACGAGGCCGAGGAGUCCGAGGACGAGGAGCACAAUCCCAACUACGUCAGGGCUUCCGAUAAGGUCGAGGACGAGUUCCUGAAGCAGGCUCAGAACGCCGCGCGCGCCAAGACCCUGCGCGCCAAGUUUGAGCACUGGGAGACGACCGACGGCAAGACGACCAACCACCACGUCGCCGAGAUGGACAUCGCCCAGACCGACGGUAACCAGCCCAGCAUCGAGUCGGCGAGCAGCCUCAGGGCUCGCUUUGAAUCCCUGGGCUCGCAGCCCGUCGAGGCGCCUCGUGCCGCCAAAGUUAAGGUCAAUCGAUUUGUGUAAUCGACCUCACCAAGACUGGGAACGAGACUACGAGCGAACCUCUCGCGGCCGGGCGCAGCAAGCAGGGAAGCUUGUGGAUAUCACUCACAGACAGCAAGAAAUAAGAGAUAUUAUAUUAUAUACCUGUAUCGCAUAUGUGCACACGCGCGGCAAGUCAUUGUUCCAGCCUCUAUAUCAUGUGUUUUUCGAUCGAGACGUGAGAAUCAUUAUUACUAUUAUUACUAUUAUUAUUAUAUCGUGUGUCGAGGGGAGAGAAGACGAGGGCCUCUGUUACGUAGUGCAUCAUUGAACAGCCUUAAAGCGAUUACCUAUACAUUGAUUAUAUUGAUAUUAUUAUUAUUAUUACGAUAGUGAUUAUUAUCGCGAUUACGAUUAUGUUAUAAUAAUUAAUUAUUAUAUAUUAUUGAACGAGAUUAGCUGGGGUUGGACGCUUUUCGUUGGCUUUCGGAAGGUAUUUUUCAUUCGAGUUGGAUUUCACUUCUGUAUUAAAGGAGGCAAAAAGGAUUACAAAACACUUUUUUUUUUAAUCGAUUCGUUUGCAAAAUUUCGUCCGACCUCUCAACGAUGUUUUCUUCUUCGAGAAUCAAUCAAAAACGUUCAACUCUGAAUAUUAGUAUACUAUAUUAUAGAUAUUGUUCUUUAAGUUUUUAGAGAUGAUUUUAACUUGGAACGUUGUGCGUUUUAGCGGAUUUUACGGAUUUUAUGAAUUUGACGGAGAUUUUAGAGCGGUUUUUUCUUUAUUCUGUUGAAAAGAGCCUGCAAAUUUCAAGUGAAAACGUAAGCAAUUGCCAAUGGUCAGGUUUAUUGGGAGAGCGCGCGCGCGAGAAAGAGAAUGAAAACGAAAUCAUCCCAUAAAUAUUACUUACAAGUCUAAAACAAGCAACAAAAUGUAUACGUCGACGAUCCGACGUUCUGAGACUACAGACAGAGGAAAUAUUGUAAUUGUAAAAAAGCAUAAUUUUUUAAUUACGCAAUAGUAUCUAAACGACGCAGUCAAGUCUUCGAGCUAAGAGUGCCAAGUACAAUGCCGAAUUCAUUCGAGGAAUUUUUAUCUCAUCCAUGCACCGUUUUACGACUCCGCCGAGUACCGAGCGACAAUUCUGUUUCAUCGAUGACAUUACUGACACAGAUUUCCAAUCACUCGUUCAAUUUCUGAAGAGAUGUUCGCAAAGUCGAUGGAACAGAGCCGCUCGGUGUUGCAAAUUUCUAACGAAAGAGAGCAGCUUCCAACGAUGGUAAAUAACAGACUGAUCGAGAACUGAAAUAAAACACAUUUUUUUACGAGCGAGUUGAUACGAACUUUUUAACAACGCUUUUAUACGCGGAUUUUUUGAGAAGACUGCCGUUAAGACCUUGAAACUUUGUAAUACUAAGAUCUCCCAACUCGCUAUAUUGUGUAUAACAACGCGGAAGAGUCGACUUUACGAAUUUUUGCAAUUUAUAUCACGUACGCGAAAUUCCAUUGAGUUUAUUUGCCACGAAUGUGAAGUAUACCAUCAAAAAUAAUUUUAAAAAAGUAAAUAAAAACAUUAUAUCGUAAAAUAUACUUGUGUAGUAGUUAGGUGAUGUACGACUAACCUUAAGUUUUAGACGAUUGUAUAUUUUAAUAUUAUCAUCAUUUGUUAGAGAUGUUUUAUUGAUUUUCGUUUAAUAUAUGAAAGAGUCGAAGGAAAUUAUCAAAGUUAUAUUGAUGGGCGUGUGUAUUUUCCCGAGGGAAGGGUAUAAGCGACAAAUUUUUAAUAUUUUUCUAGUGUACGUCGGCGACCCGAUUGUUUUGUGAGGAGAGAAAGAGAGAGAGAGAAAAAAAAUGAGCCAAAGGGAACCUUCACGUUUCAACUUCCAAAAAAUAAACUCAAUGAGCUUUCGUCUAUUAAAUAAAUAUAUAUUAUAAAAUAGUCAAUGCAUACUUUAAUCAGACUGUAUAUUGGCGUAAUUCUUAAGGAGCCCCGUAGAAAAGCCGUAGAAAAUUGUCGAUUCCUUUUGUGCUAAUAGUUUGUCGUCGAUUGAGUGGGAUAUUGAAAAAAGACAGAAUCUCUUUUUUCCGCUUGCAAGUAGUGAAUCGAGAUGUCCACGUUAAAAGUACCAUAUAUUAAAACCGAGCCUAAUCAUGCGUUAUAUUUUGCAUUUAAGUCGCACAAUUCGCAGAGUCGAUAGUAUAUUUUCAAGAUAUUAUGUGAAAUAAGGACGAAAAAUACAAAUUUGCAAGCGUCGCAAAGUCAGUUUUCGCGAUAUCUCACUCAGUCGACGACUAACCUCAUAUCGCCUACAAAUUUCCAGCAUCAUUUUGACGAUUCGAAAUUUACACUUGCAUUUGCACUGGUGCGUUUAUUCAAGAACAUGGGCAUUAAUCUUGAGUGUUUCAUGUUGAGCAUUUUCAAAACGACGAUUAAACAUUUUUCUAAAAAGAGAAAAAACCAAAAAGGAAGUGCGAUUUAGUGUAAGUUUGUAAUCGAUCGUAAAUGUCUACGUUUAUGAUUUGAAAAGAAGCGAUUGUAUAAUCCAAGUCUCCUCCGUAUGCGUAGCAAUCAUAGGCUUACGUGUAGCUCGUGCGUUUGCGUUUUGUUGUAUAACCCCCGAAAAGCAAGACAAAGAAAGGUAAAAAAUACUAUUAUAUUGAGCUAUACACUUGUCAUAACGUAAUAUUUUAUACGACACACACUGACAAUUGUGGUGAAUAAACAAAGGCGAAGAUCGGUAUUUGAGGGUCGAACUGAUUUUUCUCAAUAAAAUGAAAAUUGUACUUUA